AUGGCUUGCACCUCUGCAAAUUCAUUACUCCAAUUAAAGUGUUCUUCUUCCCACCGGACGCCACUUUUGAAUUCCAGAAGAAACAUUGCUGGCUCGUUCAACCUAAAGGGUGACAGGUUAAUCCAUAAAGGUCAAAGACAAUUUAUACGUAGGAGUAAAGUUGGAGUUAUACGAGCUGUGGCAAUUCCGCUCGAGCCAGCUCCGGUGGAAAGUGAGGAGUACAGAAAAGAGCUAGCAGAACGCUACGGUUUUAACCAAAUUGGGGAGCCGCUUCCUGACACUGUUACGUUGAAGGACGUCAUCACUUCUCUUCCUAAGAAGGUUUUUGAGAUUGAUGAUGUGAAAGCAUGGAAAACUGUUUUGAUAUCGGCCACUUCGUAUGCGUUGGGGCUUUUUAUGAUUUCUAAAGCACCCUGGUAUCUACUUCCUCUGGCUUGGGCUUGGACGGGGACUGCUGUAACUGGGUUCUUUGUUAUAGGACAUGAUUGCGCUCACAAAUCAUUUUCAACAAACAAAUUGGUAGAAGACAUUGUUGGAACUCUGGCCUUUUUACCACUAAUUUAUCCAUAUGAGCCAUGGCGAUUUAAGCACGACAAGCAUCAUGCAAAAACAAACAUGUUGAAAGAAGAUACUGCUUGGCAGCCUGUUUGGAAAGACGAGAUUGAGUCAAAUCCACUUUUGAGGAAAGCAAUAAUAAAUGGAUACGGUCCACUUCGAUGCUGGAUGUCUAUAGCUCACUGGUUGGUCGUUCAUUUCGAUUUGACGAAGUUCAGACCCAAUGAAAUAAAGAGAGUGAAGAUAAGUUUAGCUUGUGUUUUUGGCUUCAUAGCAAUUGGAUGGCCAUUAAUUAUUUACAAGACUGGAAUCAUGGGAUGGAUAAAAUUCUGGUUGAUGCCAUGGUUGGGCUAUCACUUCUGGAUGAGUACUUUCACCAUGGUACAUCAUACUGCACCACACAUACCGUUCAAAUAUUCAGAAGAGUGGAAUGCCGCACAAGCACAGCUUAAUGGAACGGUUCAUUGCGCUUACCCUCAAUGGAUCGAGAUCUUAUGCCAUGAUAUUAAUGUCCAUAUUCCACACCAUAUAUCCCCGAAAAUACCGAGCUAUAAUUUACGAGCAGCCCAUAAAUCUCUCCAAGAAAAUUGGGGAAAGUAUCUGAAUGAGGCUAGUUGGAAUUGGCGAUUGAUGAAGACAAUCCUGACGGUGUGUCAUGUGUACGAUAAGGAGCAAAAUUAUGUUUCUUUUGAUGAAGUUGCCCCUGAAGAAUCUGGUUCAAUUAAGUUUUUGAAGAAAGUAAUGCCUGAUUAUGCUUAA